GAGUGGCCUCCGCGGGCGGCGCAGAGUUGAGUUUACUCGGGCGCGACGGGCUGCGUUGAAGGCCCCCACGAGCCGGGGGAAGCUGUGGGGGUAACCGGGACGGGCUCUUGGCGCCGCUGGCGCUGCGGUGUUCGGGAGUCCCCCUACCUGAGACCGUGCCCCCCUUCGCCCGGCUCCCGGUGCUCGCCGGCCGCCGGCCCGCUCCCGGAAGCGGUGGCAGUUGGUAACAAAGAGCCUGCCAGGCCGCCGCUGCCCGGGCUGCGGGACCCAGGAGUCCGGCGGAGCUUCUGGGAGUGAGCGCGGGCCGGACCAUGAGGCCAGGUUCGCGGCGGUGAGAGGCGGCCGGCGGCCGAGGCGCAGGUGCGGGCCGAGAAGCCGGUGCCGCGCUCCUCGCCGCCCGCGGGACUCGGGGAGCGGGUGCCUCUGCUCUCCCGGCCGCUCCACCCGGGAAAGGCGGCUUCCCGACCUGCCUCCGGCGGCGCCUGGCCCUGCGCUGCGGGGACCGGCGCUCUGCCUCUGGCUGCCGGACCCCGGGUUUCUCUGCGGGACUUAGAGAAACCGGCUCUUCCCCGAAGGGGUCCUGAAGCUUUGUGCAAAGAAGCUGGGGAAGCCUCACGGGGUUUGUUUUUAAUAAAAAGUUUUUAUAAGUUUCCAUUUUUAGAAAAUUUUGCAGAGUUUGAAGUACUCUACCUCUUCGCAUCCUUCCUCCUGCUCCUUGAGUCUUUUUUUCCUUCUCGGCUGUAAAUAUUUUUUUACUGUUGGAGCAGACCAGGGAUGAACGUUUUGUAAUUGAAACUGUAACUUAAAACCUCGUCGAGAUAGUAGUCAAGAUGGACAAAAAGUCCUUUGAAAUGGUGCUGGAUGAAAUUAGAAAGGCUGUUUUGACAGAGUACAAAUUAAAAGCAAUUGAAUACGUGCAUGGAUAUUUCUCCAGUGAACAGGUGGUUGAUUUACUGAGAUAUUUCUCCUGGGCUGAGCCUCAGUUGAAGGCAAUGAAAGCAUUACAGCAUAAAAUGGUGGCUGUUCACCCAGCAGAAGUGGUCAAUAUACUCAACUGUUUCACCUUCAGUAAAGACAGGCUGGCUGCUCUUGAACUGUUAGCUUCAAACAUUGUUGAUGCACAGAAUUCUCGUCCCAUUGAAGAUCUCUUCAGGAUAAACAUGUCUGAGAAGAAGCGGUGCAAGAGAGUACUUGAACAGGCCUUCAAGGGGGGCUGUAAAGCUCCUCAUGCUAUGAUAUCUUCUUGUGGAACGAUCCCAGGAAAUCCAUAUCCCAAAGGAAAACCUAGUCGCAUAAAUGGAAUUUUCCCAGGAACUCCGUUGAAGAAAGAUGGUGAGGAGUGUACCAACGAAGGCAAGGGCAUAGCCGCACGCAUCCUCGGACCAUCCAAACCACCGCCUUCAACAUACAACCCGCAUAAACCUGUCCCUUAUCCAAUACCUCCGUGCCGGCCGCACGCGACUAUUGCACCAAGUGCUUAUAACAAUGCAGGUCUGGUACCAUUAGCCAAUGUCAUUGCUCCCGGUGUGCCCCCUCCACCUCCAUAUACUCCAAAUCCAGUAGCAACAGAGAAUGAAGACCUUUCCAAUCAGUCAAAACCUACACAGAAUCAAGCAUUUUCCACCCCAGCAAGUCAGCUCUUCUCUCCUCAUGGCUCUAAUCCUUCAACACCUGCUGCAACUCCCAUUCCUACUGCUUCCCCGGUCAAGGCAGUAAAUCAUCCAUCAGCAUCUGCGACUGCCACCGUCUCUGGGAUGAACCUGCCGAGUACUGUCCUUCCUGUGUUCCCGGGGCAGGUCUCAGCCGUUCAUGCGCCUCAGCCAACAAUGCCAAAUCCAACAGUUAUCAGAACCCUUUCCUUGCCGGCUGCACUGGUGACUUCUGUUCACAGCACCACAUCUGCACCCAUUCCUUCAGUUUUUUCUGGCCUCGUUCCACUGCCAGGUCCUUCUGCCGCUCCUACCCCAGCCCCCCAGGCCACAUCUACACCUCGGGCCACCCCUGCUUCCAGUGAAACGUUUGCCUCUACUUCUGUCCCUUUCACUAGCCUCCCCUUUUCUGCCACCUCUACUGCUGCUUCUACCAACAACCUCAAUUCCGCCUCACUGUCAUCGGUUUUUGCAGGUCUCCCCUUGACCUUAACAGCGACACCCCAAGGUGUGUCCAACCCGACUCCGUCUGUCAUCGCCGGCGGUUCUGCUCCCGGUGUGGCCUGUCCACUGGGUGUAAAUAACCCCCUUCUGUCUGCUUUAAAAGGCUUUCUGACAGCAAACGAUACCAGCCUGAUCAACUCUGCUGCGCUACCCUCCGCCGUUACUAGCGGGCUGGCUUCCCUGUCCCCCCUCACUAACCAGAGCUCCGAGGCUCCGGCGGCGGCGGCGGUGGCGGUGGCCCCUAACAAGGGCUACGGCCCGCAGCGGGCCUCCACCCCGGCGCUGGCCCUCUUCCCGGGCCUGCCCUCGCCCGCGGCCAACGCGGCCUCCACGCCGCCCAGCCUGCCUGCGCCCGCCGCCGCCCCGGCCCCGGGGCCCGCCAGCUGCGGCGCCUCGGCCGCCCUGCUGCAGGGCGCCCACGCGGGUCACUCGGAGCCGCUCGGGCCGGCCACCCCCGCCGCCACCACCCUGCCCGUGGUGAUCAAGACCGAGCCCACGAGCCCCACGCCCUCGGCCUUCAAGGGCCCGGCCCACCCCGUGGCCCCCGCCGUCCCCGCCGCGCUGGGCCUGCCCGGGGCGCUGGGUCGGGCGUACACAGCGGCCUCCGUGCCCAUCACUUUGCCGUCCUGCCUUAACCCCGCGCUGCCCGGCCUCCCCGGCCUGAGCGCGCCCCUGAACGGCUCGAGCCCCCUGCCCUCCAUCUCCCUGCCGCCGCCCGGCUCCUCCACCCCCAUGGCCCCCGUCUUCACCGCUCUGCCUCCCUUCACGUCCCUGACCAGCAGCUUCCCGCUGGCCGCCAACCCGCCGGUCCACCCCGCCGCCUCGUCGGCGCCCGCGCCCGCCUCCGCCUCCGCCUCCGCCACCAGCUCCGCGGCGCCCCCGCACCCCGGCUCCUCGGCGCCCGCGCUCUCCGGACUCGCGGCCGCCUCGGCGGCGCCGGCCGCCGCCUUCCCGCUCAGCUUGCCCGCCGCCGUGCCCUCGCUCUUCUCCGUAGCGCAGGGGCCUCUGCCGGCCUCGGCGCCCUCCUACCCCGGCUUCUCCGUGUCCAGCGCCCCCGCGCUGCCCUCGUUCCCCGGGCUGCAGCCGCCCGCCUCCGGCGCCGCCCCCGCCCCCGCCCCGUCGCCGGCGCCCGUCCUCCCCGGCUUCGCCUCCGCCUUUAGCUCCAACUUCAACUCCGCGCUGGUUGCGCAAGCCGGCUUAUCGUCUGGACUUCAAGCUGCAGGCAGUUCUGUGUUUCCAGGCCUCUUGUCCCUCCCCGGUAUCCCCGGAUUUUCCCAGAAUCCUUCACAGUCAUCCUUGCAGGAACUGCAGCAUAACGCAGCCGCGCAGUCAGCACUGUUACAGCAGGUCCAUUCAGCUUCGGCUCUGGAAAGCUACCCAGCUCAGCCGGAUGGGUUUCCUAGUUAUCCUUCAACACCAGGAACACCAUUUUCUUUGCAACCAGGCCUGUCCCAGAGUGGGUGGCAGUGAAUAUGUUUGAAUGCAUAUUCUCCUUCAGAAUUGCCUGAGGAGUGCAGUCAGCAAUCUGACAAAUGUGAAGCUGGCCAAAAGUCAGGAUGUGAGGAGGAGGAUAAUCCUGGGGAAACUGGGUUACAUAGAGUUUAAAAAACACGGUUGCAUUUUUUUUAAAUGGUUUUAAGUAUGAACACUCCCCUAUGUAAAUAUGCUGACAAUAAAUUGUAUGGAGAAUAGUAUUUUAAAAAAUGUUCGGGGACUUUUCACCUCCCACCCUAUGAAAUUUUGAAUCGUGUAUGUGAUCUGUGUAGGAAGAAUACUAAAGAGGAGGUUGAACUCUUUAUAGCCGAAUACAGCCUUAAAUCUGCUUGUACAGCAUCCACUGACAGAAGUAAUAGUCGUGCCUCAGACUUACGGGUUGCAUGUGGCCCUGGGGGAGUCACUGCCCUUGGUAUGCAAGAGUGGUUCCUUUUAGCAUCGCUGGAACUCGGUUAUCCAUACUCCAUAUGUAUCCACAAAAGGGAACUUGAGACCCACCAUUCUUUUUAACUUCUGACAUUAGUGAUCAUAUAUGUACUGCUGAAUUUAACUCAGUGCAUUUCAGGUAAGUGAAAAUGGUGCUUAAUACAGUCUUUAGAAUGACUUUCAGGUGUUUUCAACUAAAAAUUAUAUAUAUCCAAAACUACUUUCUUACAGAAAUACAAGUAAGGCUUGUGAUAAUUUGCCUUCAAAACUUAUUUCUCAAUCUCAGCAGUAUCCAAAUGAGUGAGGAACAUUUGACUGACCCUUGGGCCACCUCUAUUACUCAUUGUACUCUGGAAGCUCUUGGUGAAUGUUUACAAUCAUGGGAUGUAUUUCUCUUUGUACUUAGAAUCAAAUGCUUACCUAAAAUAAUUAUGUGGCAACAGAUAGAGAAGACUUGCUCUGUUAGUAAGUAUGCAGUGUGUACUGUAUUUAAGGAUCUGUGGUAGUAUAACAUGAUUGAAUGUCAUUAAUUUAAGUAUAAUAACUGCCACAUUCGGGGGGACGGGGGAGUAAGGAGAAUGAUUUCCAAUCCUGUGAUUAAAAUUAUAAACUAUAGAAUCUACUGUAGUACAUUUCAGCAUCUAGAAGUUUUACUUUUAUAAAGACAGUGUCUAGAAGAUGUUGCUAAUGUAUUUUCCUUCAACAUGGGGAACAAACUUUUUAAGUAUAUUAACAAAUAUUCCUGUAUGGUUAGUUUUUAACAAUUUUUUUAAAAUAAACCUUAUGG